GCGCUCCGGGGUGGUCCCGGGCUCCGGGGUGGUCCCGAGCUCCGGGAUAGUCCCGGGCUCCGGGGGCUUCCCGGGAGGGCAGCGCAGCGGGGCGGGAACCCGCGGGCGCUGCCCCGCUCCCGUUAACGAUUCCCCGCAAGAGCGGCGGCAGCGAAGCCCCGGGACACAUCCCGGGGCACUGCCCGCAGCCCGGCGGGCUCCAGGCGGCAGCAGCGGGACGAGCCCCGGGAGAGGAUGGGGCGGAGCCGGUCAGGCAUCCCGGUAGUGCCCGGAGGCCCAGCGGUAUCUCUGCGAUCGUUGCCCCGAAGUCCGCAAAUUAAUUAUUAACAGCGACCCGAGGGCAAAGCCAAGGCCGGGACAAAGCUCUCCCGGUCGCGUCCUGCUCCCCAUCCCGGUGCCGGUGCCACCGCCGAGGAUGUGGCCGUGCGUGGUGGCCGCGCUGCUGGCGCUGCUCCUGCUGCGGCGCUGGCACCGGGAGCGGCAGACGGUGCCGCGGCUCUCGGAGAAGCACGUGCUGAUCACGGGAUGCGACAGCGGCUUCGGCAACCUGCUGGCUCGGCAGCUGGACGCGCGGGGGCUGCGGGUGCUCGCCGCCUGCCUGACGGACAGCGGCGCCGCGCAGCUGCGGGCGGCCACCUCCGGCCGGCUGCAGACCGUCCUGCUGGAUGUCACCUGCAGCAAGAGCAUCGCCGAUGUCACCGCCUGGGUCCGGGAGCGUGUGGGUGAUCAAGGGCUCUGGGGGCUGGUGAACAACGCAGGGAUCGCCAUCCCCACCGGGCCGAACGAGUGGCUGAGCAAGGAGGACUUUGUCAAGGUGCUGAAUGUCAACCUGGUGGGGCUGGUGGAGGUGACGCUGAGCCUGCUGCCGCUGCUGCGGCGGGCGCGGGGCCGCGUGGUCAACGUGUCCAGCGUGAUGGGCCGCGUGUCCUGUUUCGGUGGAGGCUACUGCAUCUCCAAAUUCGGCGUGGAAGCCUUCUCUGACAGCCUCAGGCGGGAGCUGCGUCCCUUCGGGGUGCAGGUCUCCAUCAUCGAACCUGGAGGCUUCCAGACGGGAAUGAUCGACCCCGCCCCGCUGGUGAAGGGCUUCGUUCGCCUCUGGGAGCGGCUCCCGGCAGAAACCCAGGCAGCUUACGGCCGCCACUACCUGGACAGAUAUGCCAAGAGCACCACCCUGCUGCACCGCCUGAGCAGCUCCCGGCUGUCGCACGUCACCGAUGCCAUGACACACGCGCUGCUGUCCCGCUGCCCCCGCAGCCGCUACGCCGCCGGCUGGGAUGCCUGCCUCAUCUUCCUCCCCCUCAGCUACUGCCCGGCCUGGCUGUCCGACACCAUCCUUGGCUUCUUCCUGCCCAUCCCGGCCAGCGGGACCCCCUGAUGGCCACCAGAGAGGGGACACGGCCCGUGGGUGUCUCAGGCCCUGGAGAACGUGCUCAAUAAAGGCGGUGCAAUGCUG